CCAUCAAUGAUCGGAAGACCAAAAAAUUCACCAAAUGCUGUUUUUCAACCACAACAUGAAUUCAAGUGUCACAUUGGAGAGGAGUUACAUCAAUUUCCAUUUCGAUAUGAUGAAUUUAAACCCAUUAUUUCUUGUGGAAUAGUUCAGGAUUGGGACGAAAUGAUUAUUUUAUUGGAAUAUUGUUUGAAGAAGGUUCCCAAGUUUGAUAUGCAAGAGGGAAAAUAUACUAGGAGAGUUGUACUGAAUGAACCAUUGUUGAAUCCCAUAAAGAAUAAGCAGAAAUGGUUUGAAAUCUUGUUUGAAUAUUUUGAAUUUCAUUCACUUGUUCCUCAAGUUCAACCAUUGGCUGCACUUUAUGCAAGUGGAAGGACAACUGGAUUGGUGUUGGAUGUUGGAGAGGAUUGUACUCAGAUAUUACCAGUUUAUGAUGGAUAUGCAUUAUCGAAUGUGAUGAAUAAGAUGAGAUCUUGGGGUGGUAGGGUGGGAGGAGGUGAUUUGACAAAAUUUGUGGCUAAUUUGAAAUAUGAGUCAGGUUGGGAGUUUUCCAAUUCUGGAAGAGAAAUUAGUAAGAAAAUCAAAGAGAGAUUGGCCUAUGUUGCUCCUAAUUAUUGGAAAGAAGUGGAAUUAAAUGCAGAGAGUUCUCAAUUGAGUAGAACUUUUGAGCUACCAGAUAAGACCACCAUAACCAUUGAUGAUCUAAGGUUCAAGUGUGGAGAGGUUUUAUUUAGACCAUCAGAGUUUCUGGGAGUGGACUAUGUUGAUGGUGGUAUAGAUGAUCUACUCAUCAAUACUCUAUUGAAAUCACCAAUUGAUUGUAGAAAUGAUUUUUCAAACAAUAUUGUAUUAUGUGGAGGAACAGCACUAAUGCCCGGCUUUAAAGAGAGAUUGGAGUUGGAAGUUCAAAGCAGAAUACUUCCUCCUCAUUUACCUACGCCAAAAGUCAAUGUAAUUCAACAAGUGGAAAGUAGCUAUUUAUCUUGGAUUGGUGGAGCUAUCAUAGGGUCGUUAGGACUUACUACUCAUUAUAUAUUCUCAAGAGAAGGUUAUAUGGAAAGUGGUGUGGAUAUUAAUAGGCCUUAUUCUUUGAAUCUCAGCUAA